AUGGGUCGCCUCGGUCUUUUUGUAUCACUGCUUCUAGCAGUCAGCUUAAAUGUCCAAAAAUGUCUUGGUCAGGCAAGCGCACCUACCCUGUACAAGGACAGCAAAACCGGUAUCGCAUUCGACACAUGGAUCGUACCGGAUAAGGCCGACGGUUCUGGUGGCGUAUCGGCCUGGGGUGGUCUAACCUUCGGUGUUGCACUACCAGAGAAUGCCUUGACCGUUGACGCUAUUGAGUUCAUAGGAUACCUGAAAUGCGGCUCCAACGGCACAACCACGAACGGAUGGUGUGGUUUGUCUUUCGGGGGGCCGAUGACAAAUAGCCUGCUUCUCAUGGCCUGGCCAUACGAAGAUCAAAUCUUGACAUCGCUCCGCUUCGCCAGUGGAUAUACAAGCCCGGACAUAUAUACAGGAAAUGCCAAGUUAACUCAAAUCUCGUCUACCAUCGAUAAUGACUACUAUACUCUGAUCUUUAGAUGUCAGAACUGUUUAGCAUGGGACCAAGACGGCGCGUCAGGUUCCGCGUCGACUAGUGCCGGCUCCCUAGUACUAGGAUGGGCUAGCUCGCUCAAAUCUCCGGGGAACCCGGCCUGCCCAGCGGAUGUUACUAUCAACUUCCACAGCAACGGCCAAAGCAUCUGGGGCGCUACUCUAGACGAAAACGCAGCAAACCCAUCGUAUUCAGGAUGGGCCGCCCAAGCUACCGCUGCGGUUACCGGGAGCUGCGGAGGAGCAACACCUACGACCACCACAUCUACUACUGCUUCAAUUCCUACUGCUACUGGCAUCCCGGUCCCGACUGGCACUUAUGACUACAUUGUUGUUGGUGCCGGCGCCGGCGGAAUCCCUUUGGCGGACAAGUUGAGCGAGGCUGGAAAGAGUGUAUUGCUCAUUGAAAAGGGGCCGCCUUCUUCAGGACGAUGGGGCGGCUCGCUCAAGCCGGAAUGGUUGGAUGGCACUAAUUUGACUCGAUUUGACGUCCCCGGUCUGUGCAACGAGAUCUGGGUCAACUCCGCAGGCAUUGCCUGCACUGAUACUGAUCAGAUGGCUGGCUGCGUGCUGGGUGGAGGCACCGCUGUUAAUGCUGGUUUAUGGUGGAAGACUGGGAUUAUAACUUUCCCAAAGGAUGGAAAUCUUCGGAUAUGGCCGCUGCAACCAAGAGGGUAUUCUCUCGCAUUCCUGGUACUGACCAUCCUUCGAUGGAUGGAAGGCUUCGAAGUUUUAGCUGGUGGUUUAAAAGCUGGUGGAUGGUCAGAAGUUACUGCUAACGACGUGCCAAACCAGAAGAAUCACACAUUCUCUCACUCGCCGUUCAUGUUUUCUGGCGGCGAACGUGGCGGGCCUAUGGCAACUUACUUAGUCUCUGCUAGCAAACGCAAGAAUUUCCAUCUAUGGAUGGGCACGGCAGUAAAGAGAGUUAUUAGAUCUGGUGGCCACGCUACCGGUAUUGAGGUCGAGCCGUUCAUAAACGGAGGAUACACCGGUGUUGUCAAUGCUACUUCAGUUACCGGCCGCGUCAUCUUGUCUGCGGGAACCUUUGGAUCUGCUAAGAUCCUAUUACGAAGUGGAAUCGGACCGUCAGAUCAGUUAUCCAUUGUUCAAUCGUCAAUUGAUGGGCCAACCAUGAUUUCCAAUAGCUCUUGGAUAAAUCUCCCUGUCGGUUAUAAUCUGGAAGACCACACAAACACUGAUAUUGUUAUCACGCAUCCCGACGUCAUAUUUUACGACUUCUACGAAGCUUGGGAUAACCCCAAUGUCACCGACAAGAGUCUAUAUUUAGAUUCCCGAUCUGGUAUUCUGGCCCAAGCAGCACCAAAUAUUGGCCCAAUGUUCUGGGAUGAAAUCAAGGGUGGCGACGAUGCUAUGACUAUGAGUCAGUACCUCGGACGAGGUGCAAAAUCAAGGGGCCGAAUGACCAUUACGAAGGCCUUAACUACUGUAGUCUCGACGCUACCUUACUUACGGGACAAGAACGAUGUCCAGGCUGUUAUUCAGGGCAUCAAGAACCUUCAAGCGGCUCUAACAAAUGUUAAGGGCCUCACCUGGACCUACCCGCCAUCGAACACUACCGUCGAGGACUUUAUCAAUGAUAUGCUCGUUUCAUACACCAACCGAAGAUCAAACCACUGGAUUGGAACGAGCAAGCUCGGAACAGACGACGGUCGGACAAACAGCGGCUCGGCGGUAGUUGACCUCAAUACGAAAGUUUAUGGCACCGAUAACUUGUUCGUCGUCGAUGCUAGCAUCUUUCCAGGUCAUAUCACUACCAACCCCACCUCUUACAUCGUCAUUGCUGCCGAACACGCCUCAGAAAAGAUCCUCGCCUUGGCAUCACCUAAGACACAGCCGAAGUUUGCUCAAAAUGGCGGACUGCAGUGGACGGGCAGCUUCCAGUGCGCGGCACCAUACACUUGCAAGUACCAGAACGAAUACUACUCUCAGUGUGUUUAA